GCGGGUCAGUCCGGGGUUCUCCCGAGUGCCCGGCAGUGAGUUGGAGUCCUUGCUGAGGUUCAGCCACAUUCCGGGUCCCACCGGCUCUGGGUUGAGCCGAGACCCUGGGCUGGAGGCAGCGCCAUCACAGUGUGGCGGGACAGCUGGCCGCCGGGUCAGGGAGCGCGCGGGAGCUGGACCCGGAGGCGCGGGGACCCCGGCGCCCUGAACAGCUCUCGGCCGCCCACCUGACGCGACGAGGGCGGCGCCCGCCGCGGCCACACCCCUUCAGGAUCGCCAGUCCGCUCCGGCCGUCCUGGGUCUCGCAGAAACCCUGGACUCCCCAGGCUACCAAGGGUCUUCAGUUUCCAGAAGACACGAAGCGCCUUCUUUGGACCUAGGUGGGGAAGGAAGGGCUUGGCUGUGACCUUUGCCCUGUCCCGGAGGGUCCAGCCUUGGCUGAAUGGCUGCAGCCCCGCUGGGCCGUGUGGUGCUGACCCACCUGCUGGUCGCCCUCUUUGGCAUGGGCUCCUGGGCUGCCGUCAACGGGAUCUGGGUGGAGCUGCCUGUGGUGGUAAAAGACCUUCCCGAGGGUUGGAGCCUCCCCUCGUACCUGUCUGUGCUUGUGGCACUGGGCAACGUGGGUCUGCUGCUGGUGACCCUGUGGAGACGGCUGGCCCCGGGCAAGGGCGAGCGCAUCCCCAUCCAGGUGGUGCAGGCACUGAGUGUGGUGGGCACAGCCCUGCUGGCCCUGCUGUGGCACCAGGUGGCAACAGUGGCAGGGCAGCACCACUCCGUGGCCUUCCUGACGCUGGCCUUGGUGCUGGCUCUGGCCUGCUGUGCCUCUAAUGUCACUUUCCUGCCCUUCCUGAGCCACCUGCCGCCUGCCUUCUUGCGGUCUUUCUUUCUGGGUCAGGGCCUCAGUGCCCUGUUGCCCUGCGUGCUGGCCCUCGUGCAGGGCGUGGGCCGCCUUGAGUGCGCGCCCGCCCCCACCAACGGCACCCCAGGGCCCCCCUACAACUUCCCAGAGCGUUUUCCUGCCAGCACCUUCUUCUGGGCGCUGAACGCCCUUCUGGUCACUUCGGCUGCUGCCUUCCAGGGUCUCCUGCUGCUGUUGCCAUCACCACCGUCCAUGCCCACAUGGGGCCCAGGGCCUGGCCUGCGGGUGGGAGCCCCAGGAGUGGAGGAGGAGGAAGGCGAGGCGGCCUUGCCGCUGCAGGAGCCUGCGGUCCGGGCGGCGGGCACCAUGCCCAACCCGGACCCUGAAUCCCCGCGGCUGCUCCCUGCCCGCAGUGCCUGCCUGCUGGGCCUGCUGGCUGUCACCAACGCACUGACCAACGGCGUGCUGCCUGCCAUUCAGAGCUUCUCCUGCCUGCCCUACGGCCGUCUGUCCUACCACCUGGCCGUGGUGCUGGGCAGCGCCGCCAACCCCCUCGCCUGCUUCCUGGCCAUGGGCGUGCUGUGCAGGUCCCUGGCUGGGCUGGGCGGUCUCUCUCUGCUGGGUGUGCUCUUUGGGGCCUACUUGAUGGUGCUGGCAGUCCUGAGCCCCUGCCCGCCCCUAGUGGGCACCACUGCGGGGACGGUCCUUGUGGUGCUGUCGUGGGUGCUGUGUCUGGGGCUGUUCUCAUACGUGAAGGUGGCUGCCAGCUCCCUGCUGCAUGGCGGGGGUCGGCCGGCACUGCUGGCAGCUGGUGUGGCCAUCCAGGUGGGCUCCCUGCUUGGUGCUGUCGCCAUGUUUCCGCCCACCAGCGUCUACCACGUGUUCCGCAGUGGGAAGGAUUGUGUGGACCCGUGUGGACCGUAAAUCCGGGCAGGUGGGGACCUCACUCCGCCUAACCCGUGUCAGGCGGGGCCGUCACAGUGCCUGACUGCUCGCGGCCCCGGAGGCCCGCCCCAUGCGGGGCAUGCUUGUGCACACCUGCACACUCCAUAGGACGCCCUGGCACUUCUACCAGGUGGGGACCACAGAGCAGGUCCGGAGUCCUGGCCCGGCUGGGGCGGGGGCUGUGGCCCUGGCACCUGCGUGGGAUUUGCAUAGUAAAGCAUUUUUGUUCCUGAGUCCAAGGUGCUGAUCCCUAGAGCACUUUUCCUGUGAGGAGAGGCUUUCCCUAAGGCACAGCGGUGACCUUGCUGUUCAGGAGCCCACCACCUCCAAGCUGCUCUCCUGGGACCUGGGGCUGUGCCCUCUGAGCCCAGGAUUGCUCCCCCCUCCCCCCACCCCCUGAGACCAGCCCAAAGGCCAGCUUCCAAGGCUGGGAGCCUGGGCUGAGGUCCUACACAGGCUUCAGUCGUCAGAGGAAUGUGGUACCCACCCAAUGCCAGCCCACCUGGCAUCUUCCCAGCUAGAUCACUGCUCCACAAGCGUCUCGAACCAUGCGGUGGGCCGAGCUAGCCGGGCAUGAGGGUCUGGCAGGAUAGGCUUUGUGACCUGGGUAUGGCCCGCCUGCCCACUGCUCUGGGGGCGAGGGGAGAACAAUCCUGUCAGGGGAUUUACACCAGGGGUUUGUUGCAAGGCCUGGGCUCAUACUGAGGGAGGGUGCGGUGUAAGGUUCCAGCCAAUCUUAGGACACUUUUGCUCAAGAGCACUGUCGGCUCUCCUGAGCCACCAGCCUCCAGUUUCCGGCUUCUUCCGCAGUCAAUGCCGCAAAGGCCCCACACCCUUUGUUCAGGCAGACGUGGCAGCAGCUGCCUUCUACCUGCACGGCCGGGCCUGCCCUGGGACCUUGCUUGUUGGUGUCUGUGGGGAGUGGGGCCUCAGCACCAGCAUGGGCCUGUGCUGGUCGGACCCGGGGGUUCUCCCACAACAAGGGCUACAGGGAAGCGGAGUGAGGACCAGAGCCAGGCAGGAGGGAUGGAGGCUGUAGUGGGGCGGGGAUCCCCCUCUCCCCUCAGGGAGCCAGGAACCCCGGUUGUGAUCCAAUGUGGCUGGCCUGGCCUCAAGACCCCAUUCUCAGACAAAGGGCCCCGCUUCUGCAGGGGAGCCCUGCAGCCACAAGUAGCGGGGAGUGUGGGUGCUGGAUCAGCAGCCCCUCUGCCUUUCGCCCCAGCUCCUCCCAUGGUCUCCAGUGCCCAGGUGCCACUGGUCCUUGCCUUGGCCUGUGCCUGGGCCUCUGGGCCUUGUCUCCCUCCCCCUGCCCCCCUUCGUCCUUCCUGCUUUGGCAGGACCAGCUGAGCAUGAGCGAGUCCCCAGUGGGAGGGAAGGACCCGCAGGCCCUGACCAUUGGAGCUUCUGUUCUGGGGUUCCAUGAAGCCCUUGGUGGGGAUGGCCCCCAGUGGCUCAGACACAGCCCAGCCCUGAGGGCAGGAGGCUGCCCGCCAGGCCCUAGCCUCCCAGGGUUGGGGGCUGCAGAAGCCACCUUUGGUGGUGGUGGUGGGUGGAGAUUCAGAGGGAAGAGGUCAAAGGGGUGGGGUGGGUGGCAUGGCCGUGGGCCUUGGUGCGCCCUCCCCACUCCUCCUCUGAGUGUCCUCGUCCAUCAGCACCCAUCCCUGCCCACCCUGGGGCUAGAGCUGGUGGGGCUCUCCUGGUUCCUUCCUACUGUCCCUCCCGUCCGGCAGUGAUCAAAGGCACUUACGGAGCCUCUGCUGCCCAUGUGUGUGUGUGCCAGGCCCAAAGGCCCCAGAGGCAAGGCCUUGUGGGACAUGCAUGGAGGGGGUACGUGGCCCUGAGCAGGGGGCCAGGGGUGGGGGUGGGUAGCUUGGGGAAGCCACUGCCCUUUGAAGUCUCCAGGGCCUUCCUGUAAGUGCCCUGUAGGAAACAGGGCAGGGGCCAAAUAACAAGGGGAGGAAGAUGCCGCCCGGCACGCCCUUCCCACUCAUGGCUGCCCAGGACAGGCCAGUGGCCAGGGCGGCAGGACACCCACCACGCCAGCCCCUCAGAGCUGGGUCCUGCCCCCAGUACCCAUGAGGGCAUGUGCACUUCCCACUGGACAGCAGGUGGCAGCCGCCGUGAGGCUCAGCCCUGCCCAAAGGGCCCCUCAGGCCAGGGGCCGGGGGACUUGCAGAAGACCCCAGAAGGAGGCCGUGGCCAAGGCAGGAUGUAAGGCGCCAUGUCCCCAGAGGGCAGCCUCCUGGAUGACAGCAAAGCCUGAGCCACAAGGGCCACAGUUGCACGUCCCGCUACCAGGAGCAGGCCCCUCAGUUCCUCAGAACGAGAGAAGGGCCAGCCAGGGCACGGCCACAGGCAGCCUCCUUUCCCAGGUGUGGCCGUCUCACCUGAGAUAGCCAGUGAGCGCCAGGACAGGGCCAGGGGACUAAAGGUAAGGCCUUCACCUUCCUUCAGUCCUGUUCUUCUCAGCCCACGGAGGCCUUGGGCAGGUGUGUGUCCCGGUGGCUGUAGAUGUGACAGCACCUCUGUGAGAGAAUGGUCCUGUCCCCUCAUUCGCAUCUGCCCAGAACCCCCACUGCCUGACUUGGGAGACACUGGAGACGAUGGUCCUUUAAGGGACUCCUUCUCCUCCAUGGGAUUCAAAGGGACCUCCUAGCUUUCCUGGCUCUAGAAAAUGGGAGUGUGGGACUGGCUGGGCCCCUUGCCAGGGAAUGGGCACAGGUCAGCAAUUCCAGAAUCUGCCGCUGGCCAGGCCCCCACCCCAGCAAGCCUGCUUCCCAUGGCUGUGGGGUCACUUGGGCUCCCCGCCCCAAGCACUGGCCUCAUUCUCCCCAGUGAACCUCCAGGGUCUCUGAGGCCACUGGGGUUCUGGUGGGGUGUUUAUGGCAGAAUCCCCUGCCCCUGGCCUAGCCGAUCCAGUCAUGGUGCCUGCAGAGGAGUGUUCCAUGACUAAACCCCCUCAGAGACUGAGUGACCUCACCCCCGUGGCCCCCCUGUGCUGGUUCCAGGGAUGGCCCAGCUUUCCCCUUAUGUGGGGCCGGUCACGCCCCCGUGCCCCACACACCUGGCCCUGUGCUGUAUAGCCCUUGAACACCUGCCAUGUGGUGCGGAGGGCCCCAGGUCUGUAUUGCUGCCCAAGACGCCCCUUGUGUGGAAGUUCCCUUAACAAAUUGUCCAUGCAGUUGUCAGCCUCUUUGGUCUCUCAGCCUCGGGAAAUUCUCUGUAACAAUGCCCAUCCUCCCGCCGGCGGUGGUUGAAUUGGAGCAAAUCAGGGCCCACCAUGAGCUCUGUCUUGGGGCUGUCAGUCAUCCCAAAUACUCAGGGAGCUCAGGUGAGAAUGAAGAUGCCCCAGAGGCAAGCAGAGUGAGAAGUGGAGCAAGGCAGAACUGACACCAUCCUGGAUUGCCUGGAUCCAGCUGUGCCUGAAGCCUGAUCCAAGUUAUGCAGACCCAUGAUUCCUUGCUUGUUUGAGCAAAGGCAAGUUGGGUGCCAUCUGUCACAGCUGAGGGAACGGUGAAACCCUCUUGUCCCGUCCUUGGAGCAUGUAGAACAGCAGACCUUUGGACGCACAGUUCUGUCCCAUCUGUUUGGAACCCGGUCGUAUAUCAGCCUCACAUGAAGUUUUAUAAAAAUACAGAUGUCUGGGGUCUGCUGUAGACUCAGUAAGUUGCUUUAUUGGUGUUUUUGCUUAUAUUCUUGGCAUUCGAUGUAUAUAAUGUCUCAGGGUUAUAUAUGUCAUC